GCAGGCGGCGGUCUCGCCGAGCCCGGCCGCGUCGGCGCCCAUGCGCUGCUCCAGGCUGGCCGCCGUCGGCGCCCUCUCGCUCUUCACCCUGGCGACGGUGUGGCACCUGUGGGCAGCGCUGGACGGGCACGCGUCCGCGCCGCAUCCCAGCGCCGCCGGGCUGUUCCAUGCGCUGGUGGAGCGGCCAGUCGUGGAGAGGGUGGUGCCACAGGAUGCGGUGGGCCCGCAUCCGAAGAUCUUCACCCUCUGGGAGUACCCUGACGGCCCAGACCCGUUCAUUCAGCUGAACUUGCAGACCUGGAAGGCCCAUGCACCCCCGGGGGCGAAGAUAGUGCUUGUCAAUGACUCCAACAUCCGCCGCAUCGUCCCAGACACGCCUGACGAAUAUUUCCGGCUGCCCUACCCUGGCGCGAAGGCCGACGCGGUGAAGGCCGGCGUGCUGUAUCACCACGGGGGCCUGUACAUGGACGCAGACUUCUUAGUCAUGGGCUCCCUCGACAGCGUCUUCGAGAAACUGCAGGAAGGCUGGGACGUGGUCACGUACACCGACGAGUCUGGGCACAGCGGAUCGUGCUUCAACGAAUCGCAUUCCUCGAACUUCCUCGCGGCACGGCGCGGCAACGCGUUCAGCCGAACGUGGUGGCAGAACAUCAAGAGGAAGCUGAGCCGCGUCUGCGCAGCCGGCGAGUUCGCCCUGGAGAAGGUCUGCUGCCACGAGGCUUUUGCUCCCGAGCCAGAGAAGCGGGAGUGCCACGUCCCCUGGGGCCACCUCGAGUGGCUGAAGCACCCGCACAAGGACGCCGACGCCAGGGGCCCGCCGAAGCAAGCCCUGGCCCAGCCGAAGGGUGGCCCCGAGGCGGACAUGGACCCCAAGGCGGCCGCGGCGGUGCAUGCCAAGGUCGACCGGGGCAACGUGCGGGCCCUGAGGAUGCCGGGGGCCGUGCGCACCUUCUGCUUCCGGGGCGAGGAGGGCAUGGCGCCCACCCCCGGGGGCGAGGUCUACUGGCAGCCCUGGGAUGCGCUGCUGAAGCGCACGGACGGCAGCGCGGCCGGCCGGCAGUACGACGCGUCGUUCUCCUGCCAGGAGGUCGACCGCGGGAACCUCGAGUGCUCCAGCGGCAGUUGGGGCAAACAUCACGUGGUGUUCAAGCGCUUCUUCCAGCGCGUUGCCCACCACCUCUUCUUCACGAUUCGGCGCGAGGAGGCCUCGUCGAUGCAGGAGGUCCUGCGCUCGAGCUGGCUCAUCAGCGCCAUGUACCGCCAGAGCCUCGUCGGGCAGCUGGCGGCGCCGACGACCGCCGAGCGGGAGAGGGCCGCCGACGACGGGGCGGCGGAGGCCUCCCCAGACGCGGCAGACGACGGGGACGCAGCAGCCGCCGUCAGCGCGAAAGCGUUGGAGGCCGAGCGGAGGGCGGUACAGGAGGCGCUUCAGGAGGUUCCGCCCGCGAAGUACAAGAUCUUCACCUUCUGGGACUACCCGAACGGGGCGGACCCGUACGUGGUCCUGAACGUGGAGACGUGGAGGGCGAACGCCCCGCCGGGCACAGAGGUGGUGCUCGUCAACGACUCCAACAUCCGCGGCCUGGUCCCGGACCUCGUCGACGAGUGGUACCGCCUGCCCUAUCCAGCGUGCAAGUCGGACUUCGUCCGCUCCGCGGUGCUGCACCACCAUGGGGGCCUGUACAUGGACGCCGACUUUCUGGUCCUGGAGUCCCUCGACCCUGUGUUCGCGAAGCUCGAUGAGGGCUGGGACGUCGUCACCUACAGCGACGGUGCAGGCACGAGCGGGGAGUGCCAGAAGUCAUCGCAGUUCUCCUCGAACUUCCUCGCGGUGCGGAAGGGCAAUCCGUUCAGCAGCACGUGGUGGGAGAACAUGAAGCACAAGCUGACCCGCACGUGCGGGGAGCACGAGAUGGACGUGGAGAAGGUGUGCUGCCACGAGGCCUUCAACCCCAGCUCGGAGAAGAAGCCCUGCCACAUCCCCUGGGGCCACCUGGAGUGGCUGAAGCAGCCGCACAGGGACUCGGAUGCGCGCGGGGCGCCGCAGCUGGAUCCGACCAGGUUCAAGGGAAAGGGGCGGUCCCCCCAGGAUCCGGGGCGGCCCAGGACGGGUCCCGAGGCGGAGGACGUGCUCAAGGCCGUAGAGCUCGGGAAUCGGGAGGCGAAGCAGCUGCCCCCGGGAACGAAGCUGUGGUGCCUGCGCGGGGAGGACGGCUUCACCCCGCACACGAACGGCGAGGUCUACUGGCAGGGUUGGGACCAUGCCCUGCAGAGAACAGACCGUUCCAAGGACGACAAGUCGGUGUACGACGUCAGGUUCGACUGCCAGGAGGUGGGCGACAGGGACCUGGACUGCAAGACGGGGAACUGGGGCAGCCGGCACAAGCUGAUCCCCAAGUUCUUCGGGCGCAUCGCCUACCACCUCUUCUUCUCGACGCGCCGGGUCGUGAAGCAGACGCGCGAGGAGAUCUUCGAGGCACAGUGGAUCCUCAGCGAGCUCUACCGCCGCGCCCUGAGGAAUAUGGAGGCGAAGUCCCGGGCCAGGCCAGCGCUGGCGGCGGCGGACGCGGCCCCCGCAGGGCGACCCGCUGCCCGCUCGCCGCCGGGCACUUACAAGAUCUGGACGUUCUGGGACUACAACCCGCGCAGCGUGGACCCGCUCGUGCAGCUGAACCUGGAGUCCUGGAAAAAGCACGCGCCCCCGGGCACGGAGGUGGUGCUGGUGAACAAGUCCAACAUCCGGCAGCUGGUCCCGGACCUCGGAGAAGGCAGAUCAUCAUAGGCGUGAGCUCGGGGAGGUCCGCGCGCAGAUCUUAGGUCGGCGCCGGACCCCCGCGGAGAGGGGUCCAGCGCCGACCCGAGAGGUCCGCGCGGGUCUGCGACAGUUUCUGUCUGUGCCGAUGUUUCUUCUUCCAGGACUGCCCCGAGGAGUUCUUCCGACUGCCCUACCCAGCCUGCAAGUCGGAUUUCGUCCGGGCGUCGGUGCUGUCACACCACGGUGGCCUGUACAUGGACGCCGACUUCAUGGUGAAUAAGCCCUUGGACCACAUAUUCGCCAAGCUGGACGAAGGCUGGGACAUCGUCGCGUACAGCGACGGCGACGGCGUCACGGGGGAGUGCGAUAAGGGCGGCCAGUUCUCGUCGAACUUCCUCGCUGCGCGGAAAGGGGACCCGUUCACCGCGACCUGGUGGGAGAACAUGAAGCACAAGCUGACCCGCACGUGUGGGGAGCUCGAGAUGGACGUGGAGAAGGUGUGCUGCCACGAGGCCUUCGACCCCAGCUCGGAGAAGAAGCCCUGCCACAUCCCCUGGGGCCACCUGGAGUGGCUGAAGCAGCCCGUGCACGACUCCGACUCGAAAGGCCCCCCCUCGGUGGACCCGACGAACCACAACCGCCGUGCGGGCUCGAGCAGCCUCAGGACCGGGGCCGAGGCGGAGAAGAUCCGUGCGGCCGUGGCGCGCGGCAACGAGCCGGCGAGGCAGCUGCCCGAGUCGGUGAAGCUCUGGUGCCUGCGCGGCCCCGACAGCAUGACGCCACACCUGAACGGAGAGGUUCGAGGGGCGGAAAGAGAGCACGAGCACGAUGCUCCGCAGGUCCGCGCGCGUCUCUCGGCUCGGUGCUGGCCCGCCCACCCCCGGCGGUGGCCUCCAGCGCCGCCCCUGGCGCGCCACGGUGCUGUCCCAUGAGGUCCAUGCUGGCCCCCGAGGGUUUGCCAGGGAAUCGGG